AUGAAGCCGGAAGUCUACUUUUUCCGUGGUUUGCGGAAGAUUAAACCAUAUCACCAUUCCAGAACAUCUUUUGCCAAAGGUCGUUGGCUUAACAGAACGCUUUUAGAGGUACUAGUCGACGAAUUUAGAGCUCACUCUAGAGAAGAGUACGUCGAGAAAAUCCGAAAUCUUGAGUAUCGAGUUAUAAGAGAUGGGACUAGUUUAUCGAGCGACGAAACGCUGACAUGUAAGAUUGAAAAUAAAGACAUUAUUCAAACGAGCUGUCACAAACACGAACCUCCUGUGCGUCAAUGGUGCACUUCAGGAGAAAAUAGUGGUCCUAAGAAAAUUGCAGGCAUUGACAUUGUUUUCGAGAGUGAGGAUUUUCUUGUCAUCGACAAACCAAGCGGGAUUCCCAUCCACCCUACAGGCAAUUAUUACCAAAAUACACUUAGUGAAAUUCUUCAGAAUAAAGGUGUGAAAGCUUUCCCCUGUCAUCGUCUGGACAGAGUCACUUCUGGCGUUUUGAUAUUUGCGAAAAAUGGGCACACCGCGCAGAAAAUUCAAGCUAGAAUCCGGUCUCGAGAAAUGAGUAAAAUUUACCUUGCUCGCGUCAAGGGCAGAUUGCCCUUUGCCGAGACUGACCCCGUGGAUCUCAGCUCCUUGUUUACCGAUCCAGCAAAAAUUACAUGUGCAAGCUCUCCCAUUUACACAGUCGAGCCUAAAAAAGGAUUCCAGGCUGCCUUCUCCCCAGUAAGGGAUGCCAAGACCGAUUUUUAUCCGAUAAGGUUUUAUCCGGAUUCAUGCGAAACUUUGGUAGCAUGUCGACCAGUGACGGGGAGAACGCAUCAGAUCAGAAUUCAUCUUGCUAGAUUAGGCCAUCCAAUCAAUAACGAUCCGUUCUACAACCUGGAAAUGACAAGUUAUCCACAGCGCGUCAAGUUUAUGAUCAACGUCGAAGAUUGGCAGGAUGGCCAAUAUUUAGAAUCUCCAUUAGGAGAUAUAUUUGAACAAUUUUUAGAGGAAAACAAAGCAGCGCAAAACAGGAAGCAUACACAAACAAACCCGCAAGUUUGCGACGAGUGCGGUUGGGUUAACAUUCCAGAUCCUGAUCCCAAAGAUUUGAUGUUGUUUUUACAUGCGUGGAAAUAUGCUGAUAGAUCUAAUGAUAUAUGUUUUGAGACCAAACUUCCGUCUUGGGCUACUUGA